GACCUGGUCAGUUCACCACGUGGUCAGUAACUGAACUUUGAUUUAGAAUCGAAAAUUUGGGUCGUACUUUAAUGGAUGCUUAUUUUAGGAUGCGGAGCAUCGUUACAGAUUUUACGGCAACGUCCUUCACGCGCGUAGAUACAUAAAUCAAUAGUUUCAUUUUUACUCCAUAGAUUGCUCCAUUUAUUAUCGUAUUACGAAACGCUUGAAAUUUCCUUUCUGCACCUCGAGAGUAUUCAUACCUGCGUGUAUAUCGGUGCAUUUUUAUUUUAUCCCCUUGCCUAUGCUCAUCUUAUUGUCAUCAUUUUUUUUUUUUUUUUCCCAAACAAUGUCCCAUAACGUAUUAAUGAUGUCAAAAGUAUACAUAGUUUUUUUAUUACUGACGCGAUUCACAAUGUAUAGGUCUCUUUUAUUAUUACAGCUAUAUGUGGUCUUAAAUAUAUCAUAUAUAAUAACAUAAUUUCUACAUAACAUACAUUAAUAUAUAUUACAUAUAGUUAUAUUUUAAUUAAUUUAUAUUCACAUUUGAAACUCUGAUUUAUCAUGGACAAUCUAUAUAUCUAUUAACAUCGGAAAAUGUCGGUUCUCGAUGACCACAAAAGUGAAGCAACAUUAAUUACUUUCUUAGCUUAGAUGAGUAACUAUUAGAUAUGAGUAUGGAGAGGAUCGCUUGAGAAGACUGAGAAUUCUUUUUUUCAAAUACCUUAUUAUUUGCAUUUUUAUCAUGUAUAUUAUUUUGUAGUGUGGUGCCUAUCAAUAAAGUUUAUUUUACUUGUAAUGUAUUUCAAUAAAAAAAUAUCAUCUUUUAGGCAAAUAAUUUAAUCAAUAUAUAAUGUAAUCGGUGUGACAUUUCGAUAUUAUUUUUGACACAACUAAUGACGAGAAACUUACGAUAAAUCGACGUCAGUGCAAUGAACGUUUUCGAGUGAAUUUCUUUCAGACGGCAAUUCAUUUCGUUCGAAUCAAGGUGCCAGACGUCCUCCUCGGCGCGAUGAGUUCGAUCCGUCGAGAGGUCCGAAGAUGCCUCGACACGACUGGCUGGAGUAGUCGUGAGUAGGUGCCAGAGACGGGCAUGGACACUAAGACUCCGCCGAUUCCGCUCAAGUCGCAGGAGAAGUCUUUACCGAAAAGAGCGGAUCGCGUGGUCGACGUGUCCUUGCCCCCGCUGACAUCGUACCCGAAUCAUCGUUCGUCCAAACACAGAUCGUCUGAUACGUCGUGGCAAAAUCCACCUUGCGUCGUACAGCAUCAGGAUCAUCGCAAGAAGAGGCCUUACAGAGUAUUGCAUAUCGGCGCCACACCUUUGAUGCACGCCUGUCAACAAAGUGACAGGGCAAGAGUGUUGAGAUUAUUGAAGGAACAAGAGGAAACGAUAGCGUAUAGAGAUCGCACGUUGAGAAACGCCCUCCAUUAUUGCAUGGAUGCGGGUACCGGUGGUGCCGUUGCCGCGGCGGCACCAGAACUGGUUAACGCCCCUGAUGCCGAGGGGCACACCCCGCUUCAUCUCGCCGUCAUCGCCGGGGACACUCAGCUGGUCGCGGUUCUCUUAGCGAAUGGUGCCGAUGUCAACGCCAAGGAUCUCGAGGGACAUAGCGUUCUCCAUUGGGCCACUGUAUGCGGGGAAGCGGAAUGCGUUCGGUUGGUUUUGGCGGCUGGCGCGAGGCCUUCCACUCCGGAUUUACGUGGCGGAUCUCCACUUCAUUAUGCCGCCCAAUGUUGCGGCGCGGCCGCCACGGCCGAGCUUGCCGUUCCGAAGAAGGUCGGCCUGAAAGUUCUACAAACGCUCCUCGAAUUCGGCGCGGAUGUGAACGCGAAGGAUGAGGACGGACGACAACCGAUUCUAUGGGCGGCAAGCGCGGGUAGUGUCGAGGCCGUGUUGGCUCUAGCAAGAGCUGGAGGGGCGGCAGCCGCAGGCACUUCCGACAAAGAUGGACUGACGGCACUUCAUUGCGCCGCCUCGAGAGGCCACGCGAGAUGCAUAGAAGUUCUUGUAAACUUGUGUGGAUCUCACCCGGACUAUGUGGACGACAACGGUUGUUCCGCUUUACAUUACGCUGCCACCUUGGGUCACGCGGAUGCCACCGCUCUCAUCCUCAAACUCGGGGCUGAUCCCAAUCGUCAAGAUCGAAAGGGUAGAACACCAGCACUUUGCGCUGCUGCUAAGGGACAGUUAGAAACCUUGAAAAUUCUGACUCAGCAUGGCGGGUCGCUUCAUGCUAAAACUGUACGUGGGACAGGGAUAGGGCACGAGGCCGUUGCGUCUGGCAGAAUCGAGUUAAUAAAAUGGUUAGCAAAAAAAAGACCGAGCACAUUGGAUGUCGCUACUCAUGAUGGCAAGACACCUCUUCAUGUCGCGGCUUUACACGGUCACUUGGACGCGUGUAAAAUUCUCUUGGACCAUGGCGCAAAAAUCAACGCGGUUCUUAGGACCAGCAAGGGCAAUUCGAUGACACCAUUGGACACCGCUCUCUAUAGAGGACAUAGGGAUUGUGCGAAACUGAUUCAGAUGCACGGCGGCACUACAGCGCAGCAAAUGAGGACCCAUAAGACCGCACCAAAUAAAGUUUUUACAGCAAAAGUCCGAAUAAAACAUGACGAUAGUAGCUCCGCGAGCGACAGUAGUCCUUGUAGACGAGGUCGAGGGCACAAGCAUCCUGAGCUUUAUUAUGAAGAGCGGUGGAUAGAAAGAAGAACGCGGCGAAAAGGUAAUCUGAAAAAGCUGACUCGUCAGGAUAGUCGGAGUUUUAGCGAGGAAGAAGUGCGCCUAUCGAAAACAUCCUCGAAAAAGAACGAGAGAAGAGCUCAAAGCGAAUCCGCACGAUAUGACGAUAAUGGUAUUAGUGAGCACAAUCUGCAUAAAGAACGAAGCAAAAGAAUAUCGACGAGACAUAAACACAAAUAUUCAGAUUCAUCUUUUGAAUCGGACAGUUGCGAUUAUUCUGAUAAUAACUCUGAAAAUGGAGCAGCCAAACAAACGAAAAAAAAGCAAGAGAAGGAUAAAAGUAAGAAUCCCAAUGAAACGGAAGUUAAAAAUAAUUCAACGAAAGAAGAAGAUGACGAUCAAAGCGUAAGCGACGACAGUUUAGAAGUGAUCGUAGUGAAGAGAUCACUAGAAAAAAAGUGUGAAAAAGUAGUAUCCGGAAGAAAAUCGAAAACACCUAGAGAAUGCACGAAGGAAACAAAACUGACAAAAACGCACAAACGUAGUUCUAAGAAAACGUCGAAAUCUAACAAGUCGAAAACAUUCGAUAAAGGUGAUAAUACGGUAGAUCGAGAUGAAGCUCUUGACAAAAGAGAAAAAUGCACAGUAGCAGAGCAUACGUCGGCUGAAGAGGAAGAAAGUGGUGGUAAGAGGCUAAUAGAAUCUCGAUAUCGAAGAGAUGUGACAGAUAGUACUAGCCAGGAAACCGUAGAGCGAGUAAUUGUCACAGCAAUGGUUCAUAAAGAUCAGAUGUCGGAUACUCCAAGGUCAAUACAGGAAACUGCCAAGGAGAUGAGUUCUGACGUUUUGAGGAAAACAAUGAUAGAAGAAACAAAAGAAAUCAAAGAUAUUAGUUCUUCAGAUAAAAGUAAGACCGGAUUAUCGCACGAGAUUGAUACGCGCGAUACUUCUGAGGACAGAUUGCAACAAAUAACGCAAGAAAGUUUGCAAAUUAAUAAAGAAGUUCAGGAUAAAAGGGAUAAAAUAAUGAUGCCAACCAGCAUGGAAGAUGGAAAAGAAGGCAGAUUAAAUACACUUGAGAGUGUAACACCAAGUGAUAGUAUGUUGCGUGAAAAGCAAGAAGCAAUUAAAGAUGAGACAUUUGAUCAGUUAUCUGAUUUAAAUAUUCCCAAAUCCAGUCCUACUAAAGAUCUCAUCGACGAAGAGAAAGAUAGUUUUAAAAACGAAGAUAAAAGUACUGUGAUUUUAGAGGAACAAAGAGAUUCUAUGACUGUGAUAAAGCAUAUCUCGGGCUUAGAUGAGAAAAAUGAAAAAUUGAAUGAAUUAUUAGCUUCUAAAGAUUUGAAGCAAGACGAGAAAAUUGCUAUCCAGAAAGAUUUAUUAAACGAUGAAGAAUCGAAAGCUUCAAGACAAUCCAAUGCGCGCCAAAUUGUAAGCAGUUUAAAAGAAAAUAUCGAAGAUAUACGAGGAACUCAUGAGGAAAAAGAUAAGGUCUCGGCAAAUCAAACAUCCAUAAAAGUACUUAAUAAAGAGAAUUUAGCCGAUGAUUCCGAAUCAAAAGAAGACAAAGAAGUAAACAAACGUUAUGAUAUCAAAUUUUCGCAAAAAAUGCAAGCAGAUGAAAAACAGAAAACGGAAGCAUUAAGUACUAAACAAUCGACAGACGAAUAUAUGGAUGAUUCUGCACGUGGAAAAUCCGCAGAUUUAUCAUCAAUAGAAUCGAGAAUGUCACUAAACAUGCAAGAUAGUGUUUCUCCAGAAAGAAGGAGUUCACCACAUGACAAAAGAUUGGAACGUAUUAAAAAGGAUAAUAAAGAACCAGAUGAAACAGGAGAUAAAGAUUUUCGUUACAUCGAUGAUAACAGUUCUUCGAGUUCUCCAAAACCCACGAGAUCAGCUAAAACAAGACGCUCAAGACCAUCUACGGGAAGGAGAACAGGAAGAUCUUCUUUAAAAUCGGCAAAGAGACACCUAUUUGAAAAUUCUGAAGACCGUUCUCUUCAUCAAAGUGCAAUAAUUGCGGUGUUAGACAGUCCAGAAUGGGAUGAAGACGAAGCGGUCGAAAAAGAAAUCAGGGAAGCUCUCGGGGAGGAUAUGGAACAUGAGACAGAGCAUGAAGAAGAUAAUGAAAUUGGCGUUAUGCGAGUUUUACCAAGUACCAGUGAAGAAGAGAUUCCUAGCACAACUUUAGGUGUAUCUAGAACUGCAAGAAUCGAUUCUUUGCCUCAGGCACAAUCGACAACUACCAAUCGUUUAAUUGCAAUCGAGAACGCUGACGGUCACCGAGAACGAUUGUGGAGGAAACAUCGUCGCGACAGCGGAGGUAGGGACAGUGGAAUAGAACCAAGUCCGAGGGUGUCGAGAAUUCCACGAAGGCGAAACGUAACAUGUUGUCCAAAUACGGCAAAACAGCAAGCUCUUAAUAUGGAGACCAUUACCAGAGAUGUGCAAAUUAGUCUGCGUCGUUAUCAUCUUGAAAGAAAAAUCUUUUUCCAAUUGAUGGAGCUGAAGAGAUUACAGAUUCGUCACGGUAGAGCGAACGAGCACGUCUUAGUAAAAAGACAGGUGGAUGCCUUUCACAAAUCGGGAAUGUCUGGACCUACUCUUGGCGUUGCAAAAUAUGAUCGACCACUUACAUUCAGACAAUUCGAAGCGUUUCUGUACGAGCAAUUAAGAAGACUGCAGGGAAGACCAGCUACUCCAGAUUUUUGUACCGAAGCGAAGCAAUGUACGCAAAAAACUCAUCGUUGUCAUCAUGCAACCAGCGCUUACACCUCUAUUCCAGUGUAUACUUAUCAUUAUAAUUGCAGUAGGUGGAGGCGUCCCAGAUCGAGUGGACCAUCUUCCGAAAAUAGAGAGUCGCGGCAGAGGGCAAAUGACGAAGUGACACACGGAGAAGAAAAACAAGUGAUCGCUCUUCCGACUGAAAAAAUGGACCGUACCAAAAGAUAUUUUGUUACAUUUACUGUAAGAGGUGAAACACAAGACGAAAAACCCAAAUCAUCCUAUACAAUACAAAGAAAUACAAAGAGCGUGUAAAUGUUUCAGACAUGAUCUUUCUGAUAAUCAAAAAAUAAUCAACAACUUGCAAAUAAUAUAUAAUAAAUACAGUAAAAAAAGCAUUACGUUUCAAAACAGUGCAAGCUUUAUAUUGUUAAUCUGCAAACAGUAUAUAGAAAACCGGCGUAUUAUUUUGCUCGCUCGUAAAGAGAAAAAAAUAAUUUCGAAAAAAAUAAUGUUAUUGAUUCAAAUAUUUAAAAAAUUUGCUAUAAAUACAGAUCUGAAAAUAAUUUUGUUGGAAUAUUAAAAUAAUUAUAAAGGGCGUUCAAAUAUAACAGACAUGCUAUAUGAAAAGUUUUGACAUUCUAAUUCAAUUAGUUUGAAUGUCUUAUUUUGGUUUAAUUAACGAAAUUAUUUUUAGAUCUGUAACUAGCUAAAUUUUUAGAUGUUUUAUCCAAACUAUUUUUUUCGUGUAGAUCAAUAAUUAAAAAUUUAUAUUUUAUACGUUUUUCUUAAAUCUAUUCUUCCUGGAAAUAAAUUUACUUUUUGUGCGCACAAAAAUUUAAGAUAAAAAAAUACUAAAACUGCCAGACAAGACAAAAUGUAUGAAUUAAUUAAAAAUUAAAUGGUGCAUAUUGUUAAAUUAAUUUGUAUAAAACUUUACUAGUAUAUAUACAGUAUAUUCAUAUAUGUGUAAGUAAUGAUUAUAGUUUCGUACCUGAAAUACAGUUUUUGUAAAUCUUCUGUAAUCAACUCAGAAAAGACAGAUAGAAAGAGAGAGAGAGAGAAAGAGAGAAGAAUGAGGGAGAGAGAGGCGGGGAGAGAGAGAGAGAGAGAGAGAGAGAGAGAGAGAGAGAGAGAGAGAGAGAGAGAGAGCGCUGUUUUAUCCUAAAUGCUGUGCUUAUUCGGAAAUUAGGUGUUUGUAUUAUAUAUAAAAGAAAAAUUUUUGCCAUGAUAAUAUACAAUGUUAAAAAUAACAAAUUUAUUUAAUAGAACAUGUCAGAACUUACAUUCUGUGUUCCCUAGUUGUAAAAAAAAAUGUAAAAUAAUAUUCUGUAUAAAAAUAUUAAUAAAUAAAAAUUAUGAUCUCA